CCCUGCUAGAGACGCUGUCAGCGCUACCCGGGGACUUCCUUGGUCCCUCCAUUGGGGGUGUGAAAGCGCAGGUGCCGAGCUUGGUGGCCUACCAGCGGCUGCCGGCAGCGGCCGCCGAUGCGGGUGUACUGUUCCUCGAGGUUAAACCGGCGGGUGGCGCGGAGGCGGCCUUGGGUGCGGUACGGGAGCUGGCUGAGAGGCUGCCGCCAGGGGCUCUGUAGGUGGAGCCGGUGAAGCUGGCUUGCCCUUGGUCGCGUACCGGUGGAAACUAUAUCUUUGCCCUUGCACAUGUUCGCACCUGCCCGCAGGAGCUGCAGGCCCUGUGGGACGACCAGGCCGCCCGGCGGCGCGAGGGCGAGAGGGAGUGGCUGCGGAGGGUGCUGGAGCUGUGGGAGCAGCUGGGGCACCUGCCGCCGGCAGUGUCCUUGAAGCAUGCCACAUUGCGCCCAGUCUGCGAAGAAGUCACGACCGUGAUGCUGGCGCCAGUCGUAAUGCAUGUGCAGUGGAUGACUGUAAGCGUCAACCAACAUGCGAACCAGCUCCAUUCAGCCUCAGGAUCCUCGUCACGGGAGCUCACUUCCUGCGCUCUCCACAUGUUCACCAUCCUUUCAACGUCACCCUCCUGCUGCAUAACUGCAGCCGCAGCUCAGCUUUCAUGCCUGCCUGCUUGCACAGCAGGUCAACGCCCCAUUGAAUGCGCCAAACCCAUCAAGUACGCCACCAUCACCUCCCACGCAGCCUCCCAUCACCUUCAUCCCAACACCACACCCCCUUGCAACAUGCUCACUCCCCCACCUCACACCUGCACCCGUCACCCGCAACACUGCAGCACCCCCACUCCUCACCGGUUCCCUCCUCCCGCUCCCGCCGCCUGCCCCUGCCGCACCUCCCGCUCCUGCGUGGCGCUCUGCUCCGCCAUAAACUUGACCAGCGCCUGCACGUCCUGGUAGGUGGUGGCCUCCGAGCUGACCGCCCAGUCGCUGCGCAGCGCCGAGUCCAGGUCCACCCCCGCGAUGAAGCCCAGCACGCGCUGCAUGAGG